UCCCUAAGAUUUAAUCUCGUCUGCGUCAGUAACGUUCCGUCGCAAUUGGAAAACAGAAAGAAAAGGAAAACACACAACUUUCUCUAUCCGCCAUUUUAUCCUGUGAAGCGUUGUGCUGUAUUGGCAGAACCCCAACAUUUUGUAGCAAUACACUUCAUUCCUCCACAGUCCAGAGUCGACCUCCUAAAAGUGGCCACUGAUGAGCUUAAGUUUUGCUGUUGAAAUUGGCUUCCUCCAUAGAAACUCCAGUUUUCCGGGUUCCUUCAACGUCAAACCAAAUGUUAAGAACAGAAGCUCAAAAUUCUCAGUUUUUGCGCACUUUCCCAAUACAAAGUCCAAUGAAGAAUUGUUGGUGGUAGUGGGUGGUGGUGCUGCUGGAAUUUAUGGUGCAAUUUGGGCUAAAACUGUUGCACCCAACCUCAAUGUUAUUGUCAUUGAAAAAGGACAACCACUAUCUAAGGUAAAAGUUUCUGGAGGGGGUAGAUGCAAUGUAACUAAUGGGCAUUGCCCUGACAAUGCGAUCAUGGCAGAACAUUACCCUAGGGGAAAUAAAGAAUUGAAGGGAUCCUUCUUUAGCAUGCACAGCCCACUUGAUACAAUGUCUUGGUUUACUGAUCGUGGAAUCAAACUCAAGACUGAAAGUGAUGGCCGGGUAUUCCCUGUCAGUAAUAGCUCAUCUUCAAUAAUUGAUUGCCUUAUGACUGAAGCAAGGAAAAAAAGAGUUUCGUUGCAAACAGGGAAAACUGUGAGUAGUGCAUCUAGCAGUGCUGCUGGGAAGUUUGUUCUCAAGAUUGAAAUGCGUACUUCUCCUUCCACUGACCUUGUUGAAGCUGAUUAUCUGUUAAUUGCUACCGGAAGCAGCAAGCAGGGCUAUGGUCUUGCAGGUCAGCUUGGCCAUUCGAUUAUAGAUCCAGUCCCUAGUCUUUUCACCUUCAAGAUCAAAGACGCCAACUUGCCCGAACUAUCGGGGGUUACCUUCUCCAAGGUGAAAGCUAAAUUGAGACUGAAAAAUGGUGGAAAAAUUAUACCACAGCUUACACAGGUUGGACCAAUGCUAGUCACUCACUGGGGUCUUAGUGGUCCUGUGGUUCUUCGGCUGUCUGCGUGGUCAGCUCGUGAUCUUUACAGCUCAGGCUACAAAGGGACACUUAUUUUGGAUUUUGCGCCUGAUCUUCAUAAAGAGGAAGUGAAGUCAAUCCUCUUAAACCAGAAGAAGAGUUUUGCAAAGCAAAAGGUGGUCAAUUCAAGUCCUUUAGAAUUCAACCUUGUCAAGAGAUUUUGGAAAUAUUUGCUUAAGCGUGAGGGUUUAGCUGAAGAUAUCUCAUGGGCUUCCAUUUCUACUGAUGCAUUAAUUUCUGUUGCCUCCCUGCUGAAACAGUGUCCAUUUGAAGUGACAGGAAAGGGCCAAUUCAAAGAUGAAUUUGUCACUGCUGGAGGUGUUCCCUUGUCUGAGAUUUCAUUGAAAACGAUGGAGAGCAAAAUAUUGUCAAACUUGUUUUUUGCAGGAGAGAUAUUGAACAUCGAUGGGAUAACUGGCGGGUUCAAUUUUCAGAAUGCAUGGACGGGUGGAUACAUUGCUGGCACUAGUAUUGGUAACUUAGCAAGAGAUAGAGCCCUUAUGGUGGAGAGAUUCCCAUGAAAUCACUCCAAAUGGCUUUCUGCAGCUGAUGCUACAACUGCCGAACCUGAUGAACUAAGUAUGUCGAUGCUUACUAGGAUGCCCAAGAAUGGAUACUUGAAAUUUUUGGUCUUUCAACCUAAUUUGCGUUGGCCACAAAGUUAAAGAAUAGACAGCAUGUAAUUUUGUUGAGGUAAAAGAUCGUAUAGAAAGAGGGAAAAAUAUAUGGGAAGAACCAACCAACCGUGGUGACUGGUGACAGAGUUUGAUCUUUUUUUGGGGAGGGGGGGGGGGGGGGGAGUGGGCUGUGGCCUCCCUCAUAGUUUACAAGAUGAUGGAAGAAGUUUUCUAGCACUGUUACUCCAAAACAUUGUUGCCAAGUUUUAGUUUCGACACAUUAAAAGCUAUACCUUGUUUAGAUUACAUAUUUGCAACAUUUUCAUAUGUAGGAUUGCUUUAUCAUGAUAUAGAAGUUGUACCAAGCCAUUUCAACUUUAAAACCACUUUAAUUUUUUUUCAAGAU